UAUAUCAAACCUUUGAUUCUAAUAUUAUUCUCUCUGCUAUCUCUGCGUGCUCUGAACGGUCCAUCUAUUCUAAUCCCAGAUCGCAUCAACCAAAUCAAAACUCAACUUUGAAGAAACCUCUCCAACAGAUCUCCAAUGGCUGAAUCUAAAUCAGACCCAUCAAUCACUAUCUCAGAUAAAGAUGUAAAAACACAUGAUCGCCAUCAUAAUGAAAGUCAUGGAUUGCGCAAUGACAUUGAUGAGGACACCCCAAUGAAUGAUGUCAAAGCUCCCAAUGUUUUUGAGAGAAUGCAGGAAGAGAUUGAGGCACUUGUUCAAACAAUUCAUCCAAAGAAAGAAACAAAGACUAGUCAUGACUCAGUUUUGAAUAAAACUGAAACAAGGGAUGAAACUAUAAAGGCAGAGUCAAAACCAGAGAAACCAAAUUCUGUGUCACAAGAAAAGGAUGCAAAGGCACCCAAUCUAAUAGAAAGAGCUAAGGAAGAACUUGAAGCAAUCAUGCACAAGGGGAAGUCACCGCGCCAUCAUCACAAAGAAACUCAUGGAACGAGUGAUGACAUUAAUGAGAACACCCCAAUUAGUGAAGUGAAAGGUCCGAACGUGUUUGAAAGAGCAAAAGAAGAGAUUGAGGCCCUCGUUCAAACAAUUCAUCCUAAGAAAGAAUCCGACGACAAUGUUGUUCACUCACCAAAGAAGGAAGGUGGAUUUCGGAUGUCCGUUGGAAAGGGUUUGGAAAAAGUAUGCUCUCCAUGGGGUCACAAGAGAGAUUGAAGGUAAACUUGUUUUCAAGUGUUGAUUACUUUUGCAUUAUUAAUUUUGCAAGAAAACUAGAUCUGUGAAAUUUUUCUUAAUUAUUGACGGUUUAAAUACUCAUUCGGCUUCGUUAAAAGAUGUAAAUUCAUUGCUUGUUC